GCUGCAUACGACAUCAGACUCAAAAACAGGAUCCAGCUCCUUGGCCAAGACUGAGGAUCCGCAUACAUCACAGCAAAUCCUAUCCAUCAAGCCGCCAAAACGGAUUACCUACUUGUAUAUCGCCUCUCCUACCCCGAAGACUUCAACACAAUGUCAUCCUACAGCUCAGCCCAUUCGGGGCAACUGCAUCCAGGCCACCAGCCUCAAGCACAGCAGCAACGCGCCCGCUCGUACUCAAACCCACCAUACCCCACAACUCCAGGUUCCGCGCCAUACCCGCAACAGCAGUCCAGCUACUUCCCUCCUCCACCAACAGCUCCAUAUCAACAAGCACCACCAACUUCGCACUCUGUCGCCAUCCCACCCUCCAGCCGCAAGACAGCAUCAUCAGACUACGCUCACGGCUACGGCACAUCGCCAUCACAUUCGCAGGCCUCAAGUUCUUACACAUCCUCCUAUCUCACACAAAACCUUCAGCCUAUCCCGCAGCCACCGCCCAUUCCAGAGAAUUACCAGUACCCUCCUCAACACCAACAGCCCAUAACGUCCAGCUCGCCCAUCUAUUCGCACAAUCGCCGCCGGUCAUCUUCCUCGCAAGGCUACGAUCCCCGCCAAAGCUACGAGUCAGCGCACUCGUACCAGUCCGCGCAAAGUUACCACGGCCAUCCGUCACCAGACUACACGCGCCAGACCCAGAACGGAGACGGAAACCGCGACGAUCGCUACAACUACGGCAACGAGGACGAAGGACACGGCCAGGCGCAUGCUGCGCCCGAGCCGCCCAAGGGCUAUGGCGUUUGGGAUAAAGAUGAGGUCGCUAAGUAUCAGAAGAAUCGUGAUUUGGAGCGGAGACCGACGCUUGGGGGCAGUUUGAUGAGCUUUGUUCAGAGGAUUGGGGGGAGUGAUCGACGCUGAACUCGGUCUCUGCUAAUGAGUUGAGAAUUUAGGGCGUUCAUGGUGGGUUCAAGAAUGUAGCACAUUGGCGCGGGACGCCUGGCGUUUGGAUUUUGAUACCUGUUUCUUGUAAUGUUGGUUUAACACCAGACUGUCUGUGUGCGUUCAGUAGCUUGGUGUUGUCAAUGGCAGUGGUCGAAGCACUCCGCAUCUUUUCGAAACACAGAGACUGCGUUCUGAUGCUGUGCGGACUUUGUUGACCUAUACUCGAGAGAACCUGGCUAGAGCAGGACGGACUUACUUACUACUGUCUUAUGUUACUUGUGUUACUCGUGCCACAGAGGAUGCGUGCUGAGCCAGAGAUGAUUCACAGAAUCAUUGCGCCACAUGCUGUGCUAUUGAAGGUCCUACUCGAGCGAAAAUUAAGAGGCGUUACAGCUUCGGUGUUGG